GAGACUGAGCCAGCAGCAGAGCUGGUUUUCCCCCUUGCACUGUUCUCACACCUCCAGAAAUCCCUUUGCAUGCUCCAGACGGUUUGGGUGUCCUCACCAAGGAGUUGGGCUUUGCAGGAGUCCAGGAGUCACCGCCAGGGCAAGAAAAGGUGCUGGAAAUGUAGAUUUGUCAGGACUAUAAUCCGGCACCCAUGUCGGAGGCACGCCCCCAAAUGCUCCAGGAAAGAAAGAAUGUUGAGGAAAAUCCAGAUAUGCCUCUGUUUCUGCUUUGUCUCGGGCAUUUUGUACGAGAUCUCCCUCUUGUCCAGCUGUGUCUUCUCCUACUUGCCAAUGGCCCAGCACUACCUGACACCUGAGCAGGUGCUGAACCUUGGCAAAAGCAUCAUUUUCCUGGAGACGACGGAGCGCCUGGAGCCGCCCCCGCUGGUGUCGUGCUCCGUGGAAUCCGCUGCCCGGAUUUAUCAGGACAGGCCCAUCAUCCUCUUCAUGAGGGGACUCACCAACGAGACAGCCUUGGACAUGAACACCAGCUACGCAGCCUUCUCCCUCUUGUCUUCCAUGAAGAAUGUCUUCAUUUUCCCUCUCCAAAUGGAAACAGUCUUCCAGGAGACCCCUCUGCUCCAGUGGUACAACCAGGUGGUCCCGGAGCAGGAGAAGAACUGGGUGCACGUCAGCUCGGACGCCAGCAGACUGGCGCUCAUCUGGAAGUACGGGGGCAUCUACAUGGACACGGAUGUCAUCUCCAUCCGGCCCAUCCCCCAGGAGAGCUUCCUGGCGGCGCAGAAGUCGCGCUUCUCCAGCAACGGGAUCUUCGGCUUCCCUGCCCGCCACAAGUUCAUCUGGGACUGCAUGGAGAACUUCGUUCUCAAGUACAACGGCAACAUCUGGGGCAACCAGGGCCCCUUCUUGAUGACAAGGAUGCUCAAAACUCUCUGCAACCUCACAGAUUUCCAGGGCACUGAGGACCACAGCUGCCAGAACAUCUCCUUCCUCAACCCCCAGCGUUUCUACCCCAUCCCAUACCCAGCCUGGAGCCGGUACUACCAGGUUUGGGAUAAAAGCCCCAGUUUCAAUCACUCCUACGCGCUGCACCUGUGGAACUUCAUGAACCGCAACCGCAAGGUCGUGGUGGCCGGCAGCAACACCCUGGCUGAGAAACUCUACAAAACCUACUGCCCCACCACCUACGAGGACCUGAUCCAGAAUGCCAAGUACAGGGAUCUCCCAGGCCCCGAGGACAUUGAGUGA